CCGAACGCGCAUUGCGCAAAACCCUUCCCGCUUUGGACUCUACAUCGAACAAGUCCGACCACCGACCACCCGCUUUGGGCAGACAUGCUGCCGUGACACUUUGGGUUAGACGACUGCCGAUAAUAAUACCCUAUUCCUCCGAUUCCGCGGCCGGGCCGACGUCCAACCUUUCCCUCGGACACCGAGCCAGCACUGCGCGCAUCCCUCGCGCUCCCCCGACUGACGAGUUACCGUCCGGGCCACAUAAAAAAGCAGGGAACACACGGUCACAACCAUGGCGGACGCACUCGACUCCAUCGUCAAGGGUGCGCCGAUGCCCCAAGACCUCCCUCACCUCAACAACCUCAACAGGGCCAUCAGCGGCACCACCCCGAUCGCCUCGUCGUCGAAUGCGCCCUCGACACCCACCAAGGGCAGCCAUAAUGGCGGCGCUGGCGCCAGCAGCGAUCCGCUCAGCCACACGCCCUCGUCGCCGUCCAUGAUCUACCUGAACCUGCUCAUCCUCGAAGCCUCGCUGCGGGCGCAAUACCUGGAGCUGCGCGCCCGCCGCCGCCACCACACUUUUUUCUUGGUCCUUCUGGGCCUGUGGACGGCCGGGUUCGGGUACGCCCUUUUCUUAGCCCCGCGCGAGGACGGCAGCGGCGUCGGCGGCAGUGUGUACUGGGUCGUCGAGACGGGCGAGAAGGUCUGUUUCCUGGGAGGCAUCAUGACGGGCGUGCUCGUCUGGGCCACGGGCAUCUGGGAGCGCGGCGUGCGCUGGCCCCGCCGCUGGCUGACGGUUAGCAACCGCGGCCUGCGCGGGUUCAACUGCAAGGUGGUGCUGAUGAAGAGACCCUGGUGGAAGGAGGCGCUGGGCACCAUCGGCUGGUUCUUGACGUACGGCUUGUUCUCGAAUGCGACGUCGAGCUAUCACUAUGUGGAGCCGGCUAUCUUGAAGGAGGUGGACAGGGAGUUGGGGUUGAGUGGGCAUGGGCACCCGACGUUGCCGGUUGUGAACGUGGGUCACGAUAUGGAAAAGGGAGGACACGAAGAGGAUUUGAGCCCCGGAGACGAUUACGUUAAGCUGCUGUUACUGGCGAAGCCGUUCAGUCCCACAUUCAGAGAGAACUGGGAGCUGUACAGAAGCGAGUAUUGGGAGAAGGAGAACGAGCGGCGCGCGCUGUUGAGGGCCAAGCUCAAGGAACGCGAUCGCAAGCUGCGCAAGCAGACUGGCGGCUGGUUCUGGUGGCUUCCCUGGCGACGGACCGCAAAGACUCAGCAUCACCAUCACCAUCACGGCAGCUCCGUGUCCGAAAAGGCACUUCAUCCUCGCGCCGCGGCCGUGUCGAGUGAACUCAGGCGUACUAGAAGUACCAGCACGAGGAGGGGAAGCAUGAACGGAAGUGCUUUGCGCAGCACGACACCGACACCGUCGUCAAGGGGCGAGCAUGAUGAGCCCGGGCUGACGAGAAAGGGAACCUUCAGCCUCACGCCGGAGAAGGUCAGGAGAAAGAAGACGCUGGCUCCUCCUGGUUCGGCAACGAAAACGCGGCCGAGGGUGGAAUCCAGGUCCGUGACGCCGGAGAACCCGUCGCCGCUGGCCAAGGAGAGCAGCCUGGAGCCGGAGGGCACGAACCCAUGAAUAAGGCGCACUUGUAGACGGAGGAUACUUAUUGAGUACUUGACGAAGUUCAU